AUGUUGACAGCGUACACGGUGGAUUGUUUCACGAGCGAGCUGUUUUCGUUUCACUUUGUGUUUCAGGGUGAAAGGCCGUCCGAGCAGAUCCCAGGCAUGUCCAAGUAUUGGCUGAACGUGGCCCUCCUCAGGGUUCUGCUACCGCUUGUUUUCGCAGGAUGUACAAUAUGGCGACCUGUCGGAUUGUCCCUGGUUUACUUGGCUCUGAUGUUAUACUCGCCGCACGUGCCGGUACCAGAUGCGAAAACAAUGGCUGGCCAUACAGGCCACUAUUUGAAAACGUGCAUCGGCCUGUCUUUCCUCACAGCAACUAGCCAGCUCACUUUUCACAUAGUUCUAUUAGCUCUGCCUGCUUAUGGACACUUCCUUCACAAUUGCGAAUCGAUGGAAGUGAUCUUCAGGCACAUAGGUUUUGUAAGAUUAGACAGAGCUUCCGGCUGGGAGAUCUUCUUCUGGCUGACGCCGGAAUUAAUUGUUCUACCCACCAGCGUGGCAGUGUACUUUCUCUGCCGGUUUCUGUCACAAAAGAGCGUCGUCGACGAGGAGGAAGACGCGUCGUUGCAUCGAAACGCCGAGGCACCAAAAACGAACCCGGACGGCACUGCCAAGGAAAGGGAAGUCGUAGCUAACUUUGCAACAUAUUUCGCGUCCAUCCAGAUCAUCAAUUUCCUGGGACGAAUCGGCACCUACGUAGUCCUUGCGUCGCUCUGCAUCACGGCAUCCUUGAAACCAUCGAUAGAGGGUGGUUUCUACUUCCUCGUCUUUCUGGGAGCCGCGACUUGGUGGGCCUGCAACAAAGAGCUCCGAAAGGGUUUCGCUGUAUUAUGCAGGAUCGUGAUGGCCAUCGUGAUCCUUCACAUCCUGGCUCUGCUCACCUACCAGAAUCAAGUGCCCCAGGAGUUAAUACCGGUGAACAGCACUUGGCAGCGAUAUUUCGCAUUGACGCCUGUCUAUCGGACGAACUGCACCGACCCAAGAGACGUCAAGUACGCGGACAAUGCCGAUUGGUUAAUUUACGGCUAUUGCUUGCGGCUGUUCUGGCUUUAUUACGUCUUGGCGUUGCAGUCACGGUUCCUGAGCGAAAAGCCGGCGAAGGAAGUGAAACGUCUGAGCGGCAAGCUGGAAAAUCUGAACACGCCGUUGUCCAGGCACGUUUCCAUCAGACGAAGAACACCGUCUCAGAGAUGGCAGUCGGCGCGGCGAAAGGCUCGCUUGAUGCGAUUUGGGUCCGGGAGAACGGGGCUACUGCAAGAUUCAACCGGAAGUGUCAUCGUCCAGGAUGGUCAUCAGGACGACAACAUUCAAAUGCAAAGUCUCAGUGAAGCUGCUCCGGACGAGCAAUCCGGAAUCAUCGAGCACAUCAUUAUGGCUGUAUACUCCAUCUUCCAGCUGAUAAUCAACUCGUCCUAUCUCGCUACGAAUAUCAUAAUGAUGACGUGGAGCAUAAUGUAUCACAGUUGGACAACGUUCGCGCUGUUGUUGUGGGCCUUGGUUCUCUGGAUGGUGCCGAACAAACGCGUCUCCAUGAUGACGUGUUCACCGUUCAUCGUCACUUACGCGAUGCUCUUGCUUCUCGUUCAAUACAUUUAUAGUAUGGACCUGACGGAAGAAGAACUGCCGACGAAGAUAAACGGGAUAAGCGUGUCGGAGAUUGGCUUCAUCAAGGCUGACCAACUUAGUCGGUGGCAUCUAGUCGUCAAAUGUCUGUUCAUAUCGAUGUUCUGGAUCACUAUGAGGCAAUACACAGCCGAGAGGACUCGACAGAGACGUUCCUCAGCGUUGAGGGACAUGGUGGCGCCGUUGCACGUCUCUGUCUCGACAGCUACCACGGCGAUGAAUCACGAAGCGCCAGAGAUCAAAAGUAAAUUCAUGAAGGACGUUGGUAUAGUUUUGAAGAAAUUAUUGACCAAGUUCUGGAUCGCUGUGGUGGCAAUUAUGCUGUUCAUCUCUGGCAUCACUGGCGAACGUAUGACCGUCUUCAGGAUCAUUUACAUGUCCCUCUUCUUGGUUCUAGUCAUCACUUUCCAGAUAUCCUGGACAGUGUGGAGGAAGAUGAUGUAUUCGUUUUGGAUCACAGUCAUUGGUUAUUCCGUGAUCAUGCUGAUUCUCGUCUACACUUAUCAAUUCCACAAUUUCCCGAAAUAUUGGAACUACCUCCAUAUUGACGAGGACUUGCAGAAGGAUAUCGGCUUGGAGAAAUACGAGACCAAGGACCUGUUUGUUAGAUUGCUCACGCCGACGUUCUUCGUCAUUAUCACUGUCCUGCAGAUUCACUAUUUCCACAAGGAGUUCUUGGAGGUGACCGAUAUCGAGAAAUUCGGACCGGAAGAGAUUCCCCGUGUCGAACGACCGAGUCUUGGACACUCGCCGAUCUUAACCAUGCCAACGUCUUCAUCGCCAGGAGAAGUCUUUCUUGUCGAGGAAGAUAAAACAUCUGUAUACUCCCUAAGACAGUUGAAACAAAUGUCGAAAUUGAAACGACUGGCGUUGUUUCACAAGUUGGUAGAGCACGUGUGGAACUUUUAUAACUAUAUGUGGUUGUUCCUCGAAAUUCACAUGCAGAAGAUCAUUUUCGUUUCCGUGAUGAUUUUCUGUGUAAACGACGUCUGUGCUAUUAAUUUCGUAUUCGUCUUGAUAACAGUUAUCAUAAUCAAUUCUCAGCGAAACGUUCAAAUAUGCACGGCGAACACAAUCGCCGCUGUAAUUGCUCUCCUGAUGGUCGUGAAAAUGCUGUAUCAAAUACAGUAUAUCGAUCACAACAAUUGGAACGUUAAUUGCACGAGAGUCUCGCCUGAAAAUCAGACCCAGUAUGGCAGCAAUAACACGAUGUACAACAUCGCAGAGUGGUUUGGAAUAAAGAAAGCAGAGCCAGGACAAUUGGCAGAGUUACUGAAAGGUUACAUAGGGAUCCUGGUGGUCACCACCUUUAGAAAAAUCAUCAGAAUUCGACAGUGUUUCCAUAGGAAAGUACACGGUGAACCUUUGGACACUCCUCAGAUCAUGUUCCCUUCGAUCACCAGAAAAGAUGCGGACAAAGGCGUGCCACAGUGCUUGAAAUUCCUCUUCAACUACGGUUUCUAUAAGUUUGGCGUGGAAGUAUGCUUGAUAGGAAUCGUGGCACUCAUUGGAACCAGAUUGGAUUUCUAUUCGGUCCUUUAUAGCAUGUGGCUUCUGCUGUUCUUCUCUUUGAAGAGGAAAACUGUAUCGAAAAUUUGGCCCUUCUUCAAGAUCUUUGCUAUAAUCUUGAUACCUGUCCAGUACUCUUUCGUCGUGGCUCCCCCAACUUGGUUCUGCAUAGACAAAGUCUCGUUUUCCAAAUCGAAGAACGGAGCACGGCGAGAGGCAGAGAAUUUCCAGCUGGUCACAAUUAUUCCGUCUAUCAGAACAUGGAGAAGCCAAACUUCGUGAACCCCGUGAAGGAUUACGUGUCCCAUAUUCACUCUUGGCUGGACAUAGUGAAACGAGGCGUAUUAAUAAGUCUCAUGUGGGUCACUUUGUCGAUCAUGUUUCUCGCUGGGACAGAGAGAACCAAUCUGUUCUCGUUGGGCUACUUGAUCGGCGCGUUCGUGUUUCUCUGGCAAGGAAGCGAUUUUUACUUGAGACCAGUGAAGACGAUCUUGAGAUGGUGGAAUCUUCUUAUCGGUUACAACGUGAUUGUCAUUUUCUCCAAAGCUUUGCUCCAGGGUGUAGGUUGCGUGCUGAUAGAUCAGCUGCAAAUGCUAACGUGUCCACUGAUUCAGCUAUUCGGUAUAACUUGCCUGAGGAAAUUCCGAAGCGCGGUGGGUGACAUAACUCUGGAAAAAUUUGACUGCGAGGUGCCGCGGGAAGAUAUCGGCAUGGUCUGGGACGGUCUGUGCUUUGGCUUCCUGUUAUUCCAGAAACGACUGUUCAAGAGCUACUACUUCUUCCACAUAGUGGACGAAACGAAAGCCAUGAGUAUCUUAGCAUCGAGAGGCGCGGAGUUAUUGGAGGAACUGCAUCAGAAACGCAUCGAGGUCCAGGAGAGUGUCGAGAAGAACGUACUGCAGAAGCUGAAAUUCAAGAUGGACAAGAUCAAAGCUAACCAGAGGAAGAUACAAGGACCUAGCUACAGAGAACCGCAGAUUCACGCAGUCGCCAUCAGAUCAGGCGACUACUACAUGUUCGACGACUUGGACGACGACGACGUGACGGACCUGAUCCCGGACACCGAGUCCGAGAAGCAAGAAGCGGAGAAACGCCGCGAGGCUGAGAAACGCGGCAGAAGAAUGACCAUCUCCGAGUUGAUGAACACGCUGCUUAAGACAGACAUUGAGAUCGCGACACACGUCGCCAUGUACGGAGGGACUGAAAAGGACGCGCUGAGACUUCGUCGUCGGAGUGAGCCUUUAACAAGGAAGAAAUCGUCUAUGUCGUAUCUCAGUGCACGCUCCGAGACCGACACUGCAGUGGCCACCGAUGGCGGCGACAAAACGAGUCUCACGUCGGCGGACAUAGAAACCGAGGAAAAAGACGCGUCCACGGCAGAACAGGAUAAAACGCCAGAGCCAACGGACGGCGAGUACGGAGAGGAUAAAGAAGCAGACGAGAAGAAGACGGAGGAAGAUGAUCAAAAAGUAUCGAUCGCUACGUACUUGAAAUUCCUCAUGGUGAUGAUCAAUAGCACCCUCACGUCGAUGACGAGAUACCUGAACAGAUUUUCCCGCGACUACAGAUACAUUCGCAAGGUUUUGACGAAAGAGAAGAAAGUACUGAAGUGCGCUCUUCUCCGAAAUUUCGCCUGUCCAACACGAGGACGAAGGAGGUCAGUUGUCUGAGGUCGACCAACCACCGAUAAUACAAUUAUUGGCGUCUAUUUGGUUUGGAAUAUUGGCGCAUUCGUGUCUACUCUGUUACUUCAUGGUGUUCCUUCAUCAGAUUAAAAACGCGUCUGUUCUUUCUACACCUCUGCCUCUCAUGGUGUUCUGCUGGGGCUCGUUGACCAUCCCACGACCCUCGAAAACGUUUUGGAUAACGUUGAUCGCGUACACCGAGGCAAUCGUGAUAGUAAAAUGCAUUUUCCAAUUGGAAGUGUUGCCCUGGAAUCGAGAAGCUUCGCCGAAUAAUCCGUUAUUUACACCCAGAAUUAUAGGGGUUGAACGCAAGCAUAAUUACGCUCUGUGGGAUCUGCUGUUGCUUCUCAUGGUGUUCUUCCACAGGUUUAUGCUGAAGUCAUUAGGCCAGUGGACCUCUCCGACCCUGAAGCCAAGAAAGAUCAUUCCUUCCACUUUGACUGUAGUUCCGUUAAAACUUCCACGGCCAGAAAAUAGAGGCCAGGGGGAAUCUACGUCGCUGGAAGACGAGGAAGCCGUUGUAAAAACUCCUAGAGGAAGAACUUUGAGCCUGGCCGCAGGUCAAGGUGAAAGCGCGCAAGCCACAGACGAGUAUGAAAAAUUGGUGGCGGUUCAAGGAGAGGAAGUCAGUCCCGUGCAAGAAGAGUUCAACAAAGCCAUGAAUAUGACACACAACAGGGCGAUGGUGGUGUAACAGCCUAUUUGCAAGAAAAUCGAGUACCUAUGCCGUUCUUACUCAUGUUAUUGCUGCAAUUUGCAUUGAUAGUUAUCGAUAGGGCCUUAUUCUUGAAGAAGUCAAUCGUGGGCAAACUAAUUUUCCACUACUUCCUCAUAUUCGGCGUUCACGUUUGGAUGUUUUUUAUUCUACCAAGUGUCACCGAACGACAAUUCAACGAGAGGCUUCCACCGCAAAUUUGGUACAUGGUCAAGUGUUUCUAUCUCUUAUUGGCGGCUUAUCAAUUAAGACAAGGCUAUCCCACGCGAAUACUUGGCAAUUUCCUAUUCAUGUUAGUCCCAUUCUUAUUCGAAUUAAGAGCGGUGAUGGACUGGAUCUGGACAGACACUUCCAUGACAAUAAUGGACUGGUUCAAAAUGGAAGACAUUUUCGCCAAUAUCUAUCAAAUCAAGUGUAUGCGAGGUGUAGAGGCGGAUUUCCCUCAACCACGGGGAGUAAAGAAACAGCAAAUGAGCAAGUACUUGGUCGGUGGUGGUGCCCUGUUCUUCAUGAUCGGUUUAAUAUGGUUCCCCUUGCUCUUAUUUGCUCUCGGUGGCACAGUUGGUGUCUCUAAUCUGCCCUACGAUGUUUCAAUGAAGAUCCGAAUCGGCCCUUACGAACCAAUUUACUCCAUGUCAGCGCAAAGUAGCUCCAUCAUCGAAUACAGCAAAGACGAGUUUACGAGAUUUUCGAAUUCGUACGCGAGAGACAGACCUGCCGUCACUUUCUUGGAGAAUUACAUACACUCGGAUGUCGCUGCUGUGAGAUUGAGCGGGUUCUCUCGAAAAUUGUGGAGUAUAUCUCCGCCAGACUUAGAAAGACUGAUAACAGAGUUAGAAGACAAUAGCACAACCGUGGUCGUUCACGUGGAGUGGACAGUGUCUCGAAAGACAGACGCGAAAGACGCCACUGGGAUAACGACAAAGGUGCGAGACAUAAAACUGCCACCGUACGAGAAUAACGAGUUUAACCCUGUGAGAAGGACGUUAGCUGAUAUGCUUUCUAGCAAUGAAUCGACGGUGCAUAACGGCACCAUUAUGUUGCAACAUGCGUUUCCAAAAUGGCUUGACGACGAAGUUGAGGAGGAAGACCACAAUUAUCUGUACAGGAACAUUAGCCUUCACUUGUCUACAGACGCGGACUGUUGCGCUCGACAGAAAUGGUGGAUCGUGAAAGAAGUCUGCAACGACACUUUGUACGAUCAGUUGUUAAAACGAGUGCCGUUGAAUAAUUGCAAAAUCUUGGGUUUGUACACUACCGCGGUGAUAGUGAUUAGUCAAAUGAUGAGAAAGAUAGUGAGUGACAUGGCGCCAAAGAUUAUGUUCGACGACUUACCGUACGUCGAUAGAAUUCUAAGAUUAUGCUUAGAUAUUUAUUUAGUCCGUGAAAGCGGAGAGCUGUGCCUCGAGGAGGACUUGUUCGCCAAAUUAAUAUUCCUCUACAGAUCGCCAGAGACGUUGAUCAGGUCAUUACCAUAUCAUGUCAUUACCAUACAUGUCGUAUUAAAUUAUAAGAAGAUAAUGUAACAAGUAAAUCGUUUUCUUUAGGUGGACCAGGCCUCCCGAAGAAGGGGAGAGAACUGAUAAUGAAGAUCAAGAUGACGCAGAUGAGGAUGCUGUUGCAGCAAGGGGAGAAUCAAAUGUUUAAUCAUUAAAUGUUUCUGAGAAUAACAUUAGUGAGACUAUUGAGGCAAUUUUCAAAGGGACUAAAAUUAAGUUUGUCCUUUGGCCAACAACUUUUGGGAGAUACCAUCAGUAAUGUUGAAUAACGGAGACAAUAGUUGACUCACUUACGAAGUGACACAAAGAACAGUCCAAAAAAAUUGGAGUAACUCAGGAAUUCAUUACAACCAUGUUUGUUGUUAAAGAGUUGAUUGAAAGAUUGUUCCUAUCUUCGAAUAUGUAUACUAUAAAAAAUACGAAAAUAACGCGAAGAGAAAGAGAAAGAAAUUUAGGAAAAAUUAAUGAGAAGACCUGAGAAUUAUACGAUAGAAUUAUUUAUUUCGCAAUUGUACUUUUAAUUAAGAUUUUACUAAUCUUUAUUUUAAUAUUUACCGGCAAGGAAACUCGAAUUCGUUCAUAUUCAAUGGUAUGAAAGAGAUUGUGAUUGCGAAACGUCAGUGAGAUGAUUUUGAGACAAGUGCUUUAUAUUAUAGAAUUAAGCAUCUACGAAUAAGUUUGUUGUACCAUGCGCGAGAUAAUGCUUUCUUUUUACUUCUUAUUUAUUAGAUUUCAUGCCUAAAUCGAAGUACAUUUUUAACGCAUUUAAGAUUGCAUCAUAAGUAAGAACCUUCUAUUCUUAAAAUGUUAAAGCCUCCGAAACUGCCGAUUGCAAGAUCUUUCGUUCAUUUUUAUACAUUUUUCUAAUCGUCAAUUCAUUCAACUAUAAUCCAUGAACAAUUUAUCUGAUCAUUUUGCCAAAUUUCGAGCACAUUUUAUAUAUUACACAUAUAUAUAAGGAAGAUCUUGACAUCACUGAUUGUAAAUAUACAUUGUACCAUGUGCAUCUUUGUUCAGACAUUGUAUCAUGUCGCCUUAAUAUGCCUUUUAAAGAGUAUCUUCGAAUACAUGUAAAUUGUUUCAAAUGAGUAUAAUAUGCCCUCAUCCUAAGACUUAUUUUCUACUUUAAAAAUACAAAAAUCAUACAAAUUUAAUUAUAAAGUACUUUAUUAAGCGUUUUCUUACUGACAAAAAUUUACAAUCUCUUUUUUUUCAGCUCAAUAA